UUCUGUUCCUGCUUCUCCCUCAGAGACAUGGCUUCACAAAUCGGCUGUCUUCUCAUCCUCACUGGACUCGCAGGAGGUCACAGCAUAACAACAAACAGCAAAGUCACAGGGAUGGUUGGAGGCCCAGUCUCUGUUCCAUGUUCUUAUGUGGACAAAUACAAAAACCAUGUCAAAUACUUGUGUAGAGGAUAUUACUGGAAUAGCUGUUCAUACUCAUUUAAAUCAAAUCAAAAUUCACCAAAGUUUUCAAUCUCUGAUGACAAAGAGCAAAAAGUCUUCACUGUGACGAUCAAAGAUCUGACCCCUACAGACGCUGAUUAUUACUGGUGUAAUGUGGAGAUAAAUAAUGGGGCAGAUGAUGGAGUACGUUUUCAGCUGUCUGUCACUGCUUCAAAUGAAAAACACAGUCCUGCUCUGGAGAAGUUCCUUAUUCCUCUGAGCUUGCUCAUCUUUAUCUUGAUCGUGACUUUGGUCACCUGGUUCCUCUUAAAAAGACUAAAGCAAGCCAAAGCAGAAUCAGUGGCAGCAACAAAUGAAGAGGAAAUAACAUACAGUACUGUGACAGUAACAACCAAUACCACAAGACAAAUCCAGUCAGAUGCUGACAGUGCUGUGACGUACAGCUCUGUGGUUAUACCAAGCAAAACCAACGGUUGAAAUGAAAACAUCAUGAUGUACCACAAAGAGUCAGGGAAAGAUGCUGGAUGCCCUUGUAAGGGUUUUAUUGUAAUGGACUCACUAAAAUUGUGUUUUGCAAAUAGCAUACAAAAUAUCUACUUGAGGUUUAGAGCUAACACAUUUCCUCCAGAGUCACUGCUCAGUAUAAUACAAGAUCCACAGGGCAUGAGUAUGGAACAAAAACAAUAGAAAACAUGCGACUAGCCAAGUAUUUCCAGACCUUAAGUAUCUCAGCCAAACACCUGAACAAUCAGCUUCAGCUGUUGCUGAAAAUAUAACUGACUUCUGUCUGCAUGAGAAAUGUUUAAAUGGUAUUACAAAGUUGCUGUAAAGUGUUAAUAAAUCUGUAUUUUAGGUUUGUUGUACAACCAGCCACUGUAUUUUGAACCACAAGGCCAAAUAUCAGUCAUGCAAAAUAUCUCAAAGUUAUUAAUAUUAAGCUUUAAAAUCAUGAAAAAUGAGGCAGGAAAAUCUGCUCUCAAAUGGUGUGGGCGUGUCAGUUGAAUGGUCGAAGCCACGCCCACUCACUAGAAUUACUAAUAAUACUGAUGUAGAAGAAUGGCCUGAUGGGAUCAAACUGAUAGAAAGGGAACAACUAAUCAAAUAUAUAACAACUUGCUAGUGUCUCAGAACAGACAACAAAUCAAAGCAGGAAGCAGAUGGGCUACAGCAGCAGAAGACCACACAGGCGCCAUUCCUGUCAGCUAAGAACAGACACCAAGGCUAAUACCACACAGACUUAUUAAAAUGUACAACUGAAGUUUGUAAGAGCCAUGCCUGCUCUGAUGAGUCUUGUUUUUAUGCUGCAGCAUUCAAAUGGUCAUGAUUUGCCAUUACAGCCUGAUCGGUCGAAGUGCAAUUAAGAGACUCCUGAAGACAGUGUUUGCUUUGUUGAACUAAUGAACUUGGACAGUCUGUUGCAUGAAUCAAGGAGAAGCGAGAGAUCACACUACAAUAGAGACAAGGCCAGUCAGGGGAAACCCUGUCUGCCAUGGAGCAACAGUGUCAUCUUGUGGACUUGGGAAUAAUAGUUCCAAAAAGGCUUGUUUGGUUCAAUUAUGAACUAGUAUGAGCACGUUAUAAACACUUAGAGUUGUUAGAAAUGUUAUUCAGUUAAUCAAAAGUUAUGCAUGAUUAUAUUCCAUUUUUUACUCUGUUUUGAUGCAUUUGAUUUAGUAAGAAUAUAUUUUUUCAUUUAAGUGGUUCUCUGCAUCUGAAUGUGUAAUUUACCCAUUAAAUGGAUUUAUUGUCAGCUGAUUUCAGAACAAUCAACAAUCAACAAUUUGAGACAAUUCCCUUUGACAUUUUAUCAAGAUGGAUUUUUAUACAGUAAAGCCUCAAAGUUCAGACUUUUAUUUUCUUUGCAAGUCAUCUGCCUCAUAUGAUCUCACUUUUCCCUUUUUAUAACUAUUUAUCCAUUAGAUUAGCCAGGCAUUACAUCUAUCAUUAACAGACCCAUUUAUUCUUUACAUCAUGGACUUUAUUGUUAUAUUCUGUUUUUAUAUUUCUUUGUUUACAUUUAAAUGUUAAUCCUAUU